AUGGCCGAUACGGGAUUGUUGGCUGCACCGGCGGCGGCGGCAGCCCGGCACAGCAAAGUGCAAACGCCACCGCUGGGCGUGUUCUCGUCGGCCGAGGACACGGAUUCGGAGGCAGAAGCCGAUCGGACCCGUGACGAGGAAGAUGACGACGAUGACCACCAACGCAAACGUCAACACCACCACCACCUCCAGCAGCAGCAGCAACAAAACCAUCGCCGCCGUCAGCGACAGCUGCAGCAACAGCAGCCCGUUUGCUUGGCAGCCAGAUCUAAUGCGCCCGUCAUCAACCACAACAACAACAACAACAGCAACAGUAACAACAACAACAACAAUAUUAACAAUAAUCACAGCACGCGGAACAAGCGGAAAAACUUUCAGCCACGCAACAUCAGCUAUACGCAAGACGCGGCUGAAGACGGUUGUGAUGGCGGCAAUGGGGGCGCCGGCGGAGACUCGGCAGCGGCCGGCGGCGACUUGUCCGCGGCCGCAGUGCUCGACCUGAGCGCGUGCACCGGGUCCACCGUGGCCAAGCGGCCGCGCGUCGACGACGGUUCCGCACCGAUGGAUCUCACGUGCGCCGUAGCGCAGCCCCCAGCGGCAGGCGCGGUGCCAGCGGACAAGCGCCCGUCCACCGUCGCUGCGGCAGCAGCAGCCGCUGCUCAUGGUGUUCAGCACCUACUAGCGGCUGCGGCCGCAGCUGCCGGCCACCACCAACACCACCAGCCGCACGAAGCGACUGACUUAAAGGAGUACGCUCAGAACACGGUCCGCGAGCUGCUGGAAAUCUACGGACUCAACACGGACGUGGCCGAUGCCAUCACCAACAACGUGCCGAUGGUUAACUUCUCUACCGGUCGUAUAUUGGAAUCACUGGCUGCCAGAGGUGUGGGUCUGUAUCCGGCCCUGGGUUUGCCACUGCUCGCGGCCCAACAACACAAACCGGCUAGUGUCUCGUCGGCCAGUCCCAGGUCCAGCCCGGCGAAUUCAGCUCCAUCUUCGCCAACGCAAAAGCACGUCUCACCGUCUGUCAUCGUACCCUUGCCGCCGAUACACAGGGACACGACCGGUACCACAGCUGCGAUGACGUCACUAGGCAUUCAGACCCUGUCACCGCACUCGGCAGUCACCACUCCGCUCACGGUGCCGACGCCGACCUACGCCAAUGCCCAAGAUAACGGAAUAUCAAAACGGUCUUUGAGUCCAUUGGCGCUGACGACAACCAGAUCUGAAUCUCAGUCAACCGGAGUUUCCUCGAUCGCUUCGGCCCUCAAUAACGUCACAAUGGUGUUACAAGGGGCUUCGUCCACCGUUGGCGGUGGUAGUGGAGGUAGCGGGUGCUCAACGCCGACCAGUGGCGAUUACUCGCGUUAUGUGAGGAGAUUCAGUAGCUGUCAGGAAUGUGGAUCAGCCCGGUGCAGAGAUUUGAACUACAGAGAGCACUUCCAUUGUCUUGACUGCAAUUCGAGAGUCUUCGUCAAGAAAGAAGAAAUGAUCAGACACUUCAAGUGGCACAAAAAGAGGGAUGAGAGCUUGCAACACGGCUUCAUGAGAUACUCGCCUAGUGACGACUGUUCGGACAGAUAUCAGGGAUGCAGUCACAACCGCAAGCAAACACAUUAUCAUUGCAUUCAAGGCACAUGUGAUAAAGUAUAUAUAAGCACGUCUGACGUGCAGAUGCAUGCAAACUAUCACAGAAAGGAUUCAGCCAUAAUACAAGAAGGAUUUCAAAGACUUAGAGCCACGGAAGAAUGUCGGACACCAUACUGUGCGUUCUACGGUCAGAGAACUACUCAUUUUCACUGCAGACGUGAUCACUGUCAGUUUACGUUCAAAAACAAAGCUGACAUGGAAAAACAUAAAACAUAUCACAUUAAGGACGAACAAUUAGCGAGAGACGGGUUCAAGAAGUUCAUGAAACCGGACCCGUGUGGUUUUUCCAACUGCCGGUUCUCGCAGGUGUGUAAUCACAUCCACUGUGUGCGGGACGGGUGCAACUACGUUCUGCACUCCAGUGGGCAGCUACUGAGCCACAAGCGAAAGCACGAGCGCAAAGACAGCGAAAUUGCGUACCGAAAGUUCAAACUGGCCCAACAGGCCGUGAUGAACAUGGCUGGAAGUGGCGGUGGUGGUGUCGUGGGUGGCGUCGUAGUCAGUGGCGGCGUUGGCGCCGGCAACCCACCGGACCAGGUUAGCGAUGACGAAUGGGUGCCAUGGGACGGGCGACGAGUGGCUCACGGUGCGACGGCCGCGGCAGAUUCGCAAAUGAACGAGCUGUCGAUAUCACCCAGCAGUUCACUGCAGUUCCUCCACCAGCAGGCCAACUCAUUGGCCUCUCUGUCAGCGCUUGCCGCUCAGGCCGGCGACGCGGCCAGCUACAGCAACAGCUCGAGUGACGGAGGCGGCGGUCCCAUGUCACCACUGUCCUCUACGCCACGUGCCCCGUCCAAGAUGAUCGGUGGUCACGGGUUCUUCACAGACAACUCGUCCACCGGUGGUGCGGACGGUGGGUCGCCCGAAGAUGUGGAGAUGUGGCCAAGAUACCUGACCCGGUUCAAACCAAACACGUGCACCGGUGGAUCUGGUUGUGCUAUGUCCGAUACCGACCAUUUCCACUGCAAAGAGCCCAACUGCGAAUCCCCCGUCAAGACUCAAGAUGAGGCCGAAACGCACGCUCGUAACCACGACAACCAGGAACGGAUCAACGAGAGUUUUUACCCAGGCGGGCCGGCCUACUGUCAGGACACGUGCACCAAGGACCAACAUUUCCAUUGCGUUUUGGAAGGAUGUUACGAGGCGGUAUUGCCGUCGGAACGCGGCGAACACAUCAAGAGCCACGAUAUCCCUUACGGCCAGUACAAUUCGUUGGACGCUCUGUUCAGGAGGAAGCGAGGCCGACCGCCAAAGAACCGGGUGAUCGAAGUAUGGAAUGACUAUGCAGGUGGGUCCACCGGUGAUUCUCCGCAGGCCAUAUUUACCAGUUUCAAAUUGCCCAAGCCAUCGCAGUCGUCGGGACAGUCGCAACAGUCGGAAGAUGCGGAAGUACCCACCCAGACCACGCUGGAACAACACUGUUUCGAGGAAUAUCGAUACGGUUGUCCAGACAAUCUCUGCAAGUACACCAGCGAAGGCGUCGCGUUGCACUAUCACUGCCGCCGACCCCGAUGCUUUUUCGCCACAGACAAUGACGAAGAGUUACAAGCCCAUUCCACGCAUUUCCAUGACAACGUCACCAUCAUGGAAGGAUUUUUGUUUUUCGACCGAUCGGUCGAUUGCCGGCUGGAGACGUGCGCAAAUAACACGAUCAAUAAGCAUUUUCACUGCGUGCGAGCUGGAUGCGGUUACUCGUUCACUAGAUACACUCAGAUGGCUCAACAUUUAUUACAACAUCAGGCCACCUCUGGUUUGCAGAUUUCUGAGAAAUUAGAACCUCAAAUCAAAGAAGAGAUAUUGUCUCCGGCGAGACCCCAAGCCACCCCUUCGCCGUCCGAUUCAGCUACGAGCCAACGGUCGACAACGGUGGUGAAGGCUUCGGGCACUUUCUACCCUAUGAGCGGCCUAUCGAACGCUAAGAGUUCCUCUCCAAAUUUUUCAGACCCUGCAACCCUGACAGAAAAACCGAAAACAGAGUCCAGUUUGAGUAUCGAACCGGUCGUGACUAUUCAAGUUUUACCAGAGUGGAUGAGUUUAGAACGACAUGAGAAAUACGGACCUGAGCAACCCUGCAGCCGCGCUUUCUGCAAGCUCAAACGAAAAGAACAUUAUCACUGUAACGCGUGUAAUCAGGCUUUUUCGGAAUUGGACAAGCUCAAGCCGCACAUCAUCAAGCACACGCCGGGCGCCUUACCGACGUUUAUGCAAAAAACCGAGAACAUCAAUAACAACAACAACAACAACAACGACGAUACCGAAGAGAUCGCACAGCAUCCACCCGCACUGACAAUGAUGCCGAUCUCGGGCGACAGCAACUCGGCCGCCGGUAUGCCUCACUCGCCGUACACUAAUAUACCGGGAUUCGGUGCAGCCAUGGCAGCCGCUAUGGCCAACCAACAGUUCGCGUCUCUGAUGACUUCCCAAGGAUUGCCUUUCAUGCCACACGCCAUCCAAGCCAUGUACUCGUCUCCGACCAGCCUGAUGUUCGCUCCACCGCCCGGCUUCAACCACCACCAGACCAUGUUGGCGGCGGCCGGCCACAACGGGCUGCUGAACCACCACCGGGGUGGCGAGGCGGCUGGCGGCAGCGACGGGACAGCCGCAGCGGCGCCACAUCACCACGUCAACCGGCCAGUGUCGCCGUCACGUGACAUGAGCCCGGAAAUGAGAAAGGCACGAGUCCAGAACUCGAUGCGCAUCCUCAAGGACGAACCUGUUCCCGAGGGAUACCUGCGGUUUCGAUUCAACGAGGACUGUCAUUACGCGCAUUGUGGCUACAGGGAGCACCAGACGCACUUCCACUGUAUGCGGCAGGACUGCGGUUACAGUUUCUGUGACAAGACCAGAUUCGUGCAGCACACGGCCAGACAUGAGAGACUCGAUACUCUAAUGGGAGGCGAUUUCCAGCAAUACAGGGCCAACGUGUCGUGCGGACGAGCAGAGUGCACUUACAUUUCUGCCAUAAGUACCGGUCAGAACAAGGCAUCGCACUUCCACUGUCUCAAGUGCGAGUUCGUGUGCACCGACACCAACAAAGUAGUGGCUCACCGGCGCCAGCAUCAGAAGCUUGACUCCAUCAUGGCCGCUGGCUUCGAGAAGUUCACCCCGGCGCAGGCGUGCGGUCAGCCCGGUGGUUGCGUGCACUCCGGCAAGCAGACACACUACCACUGCUUGAGCUGCCAGUACGCCGUGCUCGGCCUGUCCCAGAUGACUGCCCACAAGUACCGUCACAUGGAAUGA